AUGCAGGGCAUGACACCCAUCACCCCGCUGGAGCCGGGCGUGGAGAUGUUCGAGAGAGGGAAGUCGCAGUCACUGUUUGUGGGCGCCAUCUCCGCGCGGACAUCGCUGGAGCGUCCCGUUUCGAUGAUCAGCGAUUACACGGAUAUCGAAGACGAUUCGAGCGGGUUUGAGGAGUACAGUCUUGGCUCUUCCAGCGACAAUCGCCGUAGCCAGACGACGAUAUCAACUUUCGAGGAGGUCCAAACUCCCAGGGACACCGAAGCUCGACCUCAAUUCGCCGAAUGGUACCUCCCAAAGCCAGUAGAAGGCCCCAGAGGACCUCAUCUAUUCCGAUCCUCGCAAUCCUCAAAUGACUUCCCGUUUGAUUUCGCUCUGCAGCUUUCCCCGUUGCUGCCAAAGGAACCCCCGUCCCGCAUCCAGACCUCGUUUCGAGAAGCCACCCCAGAGACCGUUGUUCCGAAGAAGGAGUACAACACCAUCGCUACCGCCGUCGCCCACCUCGAUAAUGCCGAAGUACGAGCCUGGACGUCCCGCGAGGUCGCUACCUGGAUGUAUCAGAACGGCUUCGACGAGGAUAUCAUCGACCGAUUCGAGGCCCACGACAUAACCGGCGCCGUGCUUCUUGACCUUCAAUUCGACGACUUGAAAGAGCUGGAAAUCCAGUCAUUCGGCAAGCGCCAUCGUCUAUGGAACCAGAUCGACUCCCUGCGAACCGCCGACGGUCUCGUCUCGCCGUCCGCCCCCGUCCCCACUCCCUUUCAAGACGUCGACCGGCCUUGCAAAGAGGCAAGGCAACGAUCAAAGAGCAAGAACAGAGAACGGCGACACCGCGAUAAGUCCAGAGGUGCCAAUGAGUGUGACGGAGAUGAGGCGAAGACACCAAUCACCCCUGGAGGUGGUCGGAGACGAAGAGGAAGAAGACACCGGAAUGGAGACGACGUUAUCACGCCUGCCGAAUCUGUCUCUAUUGUCGCUAUCGAGCAACUACUACCCAAGCCCCACAAGUGCGCAAAAGGUGAGCGCUGCGCCAAAUGGAAGAAGCAGCAACGGCAGCUUGCCAGGCUACAGCAAGAGCAUGGAUUUCCGAUAUCCCCCGAGAAGGGUGGGCAAAUUUUCAUCGCAGGCGACCCUGGCAACCCACAAACCGCGAACCGUGCUGUGGAUAACGUCCACCGUCCCAGCUCAGAUGCGAUACCUUCUGUGGUAGCAUCGUCCGACCUUCUAGGCCCUGGUGAGCUCCCUGAGUUCAACAUCGACGAGGAUGCCCUGCAGAGAGUGGAAUCGCGCGACCCUCAAGACAAUGUACGACAAUUCCUUACCCUCCAAGGUGUUGAGCAGCCAUAUACAACCCAAACCCCAAUCGAAGCUCCCGCGACGCCCCCAGUGGACAUGUUUCCUCCUCGGCCAUCCGUUAUGCAACCAUAUCAACAGCAGUACCAGCAGUACCAGCAGGCCUCCGCUUUCUCCGCUUCUACCUCAGCACAUACAUCUGCUUCUUUCGAUUCGUCGGCGCUCCCGACACCCGCGCUUCAUCCGCCAGAGUUCCAACCAGCACCACACUCAAACCUGAAGAGCCUACCUAAGCUCAGUAUCCCACCACCCCGCCCUACGUCCACCCACACCUCCUACGGCGGCUCACGCAGUGCUGUCCCCGCAAGCCCCCAGGUGGCACCAGACACCGCCUUUUCGCCCUGUCGCACAGCGUCUCCAGGUGGCCUAUACCGAUUUGGUACACCGUUCUCUGAAAUGGACGCCCCCGUUACAGCAAUUCCAGUGGGACCCGUUUCACGCGACACAAGCCAGUCGGUACCACCGAACAUGCAGUACAGAGACCCGAUCCAGCGAACCGGGUCACGGGUCGACUGGCGCCGACCCUCACUUCCCCUCCCGGCGCUAAACGAAGACCAAGUCUUCAGCGCAACGGGCGCGUCUGAGCACGAUUCCGACACCUUGCAUGAGACGCAGUUCUCGGAGGGCAACAGCGCGUGCUCUGACCCAAUCAAGACCGCACGGCCCGAGGAUGCACCCCAGGCAGCGUUUGCGUACCAGGGCGUGAAUCACCAUGGUUGGAUGAAGAAGCGCCGGACUCGUCUGCUGCGCCACGAAUGGCAGGACCACCACUUCCGUCUGCAGGGUACGACAUUGGCCAUGCAUCCCAACGAGCUCCCGUCUUCCUCGGCGCUGCAGACCAUCGACGUGGACGACUAUGCCGUCGCCUGCUCCUCACUGGCGUCCAACAAGCUGUCCGCCAAGCUUCGUGCGCUGAGGCUUUCCUCGGGACAGAAGGACAAGGCUGGCAUCCCAGCCGCCUUCGAGUUCCAGCUUGUGCCUGCCGCCCCUAGCAAAGGCGAGGUGAAGAAGGUGCUCCCCAACGGCAAGGUGCAUCACUUUGCCGUUAAGUCGCGCGACGAGCGCAUUGACUGGAUGCGCGAGCUGAUGCUCGCGAAAGCCCUGAGGGCUAAGAAUGAAGGCUACGAGGUGAACGUCAACGGCCACGAGAUGUGA